CCCAUCCAUGCCAUGAUCCAUGCAAUCCAGCAAAAAUGGCGAACCGCUACACUUGUUUAUCGUGUCAAGUGGUUUUUGCUGACGCGCAACUUCAAAGAGCUCACUACAAAUGCGACUGGCACAGGUACAAUUUGAAGAGGAAGGUCGCCGACCUUCCUCCUGUCACGGCAGAAGAAUUUCAGCAGCGUGUCCUCGCACAAAAGAGCGCUGUUCAAGAGCAGUCAACAUACGACGGCACACACUGCCAGCCAUGUGGUAAGCAGUUCGCAACGCAAAAGGCUUAUGAAAACCACGUCAGAUCUAAGAAACACCAAGAAGCGCUUCUGAAACGAAAACCACCUCCAGCUGCUGACACAGUAGCCGCGAAAAAUGCACGAAACAGAGAGCUCUCCUCUCCGCAGCCUGUUUAUCAACCUCCUGUUGUCGAGGCCUCUGAUGACGAUGACAGCGAUUGGGAGAGCGUCGACGGUGACGAAGACUUGGUCGACGAGUCAGAUCGCGUCCCCCCCUCUUCGUGUCUCUUUUGCGAGGAAUCGAGCGAUUCACCUGAGGCUAACGUUAAACACAUGACGUCGAGCCACUCCUUCUUCAUUCCGGACAUCGAGUACCUGGUUGACCUAGAAGGCCUGUUGACGUAUUUGGGCUACAAAAUCGGCGUCGGCAAGAUCUGUCUCUGGUGUGGCGAUGACCGAAAGUCGCCCUACAGGACUCUCCGUGCAGUACAGCAACACAUGAACGACAAGGGACAUUGCAAGAUGGCUCACGAAGGCUCUGGACUCCUGGAGUAUGCGGACUUCUACGAUUAUUCAGCGAGCUACCCCGACCAGGAGGACGGACAAGACCAGGACAGCGAGGUGGACAUUCCGGUCCUCGAAGGCGACGGGUGGCAGUUGGUCCUCCCUUCGGGUGCAGUCGUCGGACACAGGUCAUUGGCGCGGUACUACUCGCAGAACCUGCAACCUGCGAGACCUCGUAGUGAAGACGUAACCCGUCGGUUGCUCACGCAUUACAAGGCUCUGGGCUGGACAGGGUCCACGACGCGGGAGGUUGCCGUUCAGAAGGCACGAGACCUUAAGUUCAUGCGUCGGGUACAGGCCAAGCAGGAAAUGAGGCUCGGGGUUAAGGCUAAUAAGUUGCAGAAGCAUUUUAGGCAACAGGUUUUGUUCUAGUCGAGUAUACAGAUGAGGUUGCUGUGGGAAUAAAGUUUAGCGAAACGUUUGAGUAAUUAAA